AAAAUUUCAAUAUUUGUGAUUAAAGUAAUACUAAAUUAAUGUUAGAAAUGUAACUCUUUAACUUAAUUAUACUCAUGACCUUUUGCCUGUGUAAUGUAUUCUAUUUAUAUAUUUUAUAUUGCAUGCUAUUUUUGGCAAAUCUCUGCAAAUCCAAUUACCUGAAGCUAUAAAAAGGUGAGCCAACUCUGAUUCGGACUCUUCACUCCCUUUGGCAAUGAGCCCAAAUUACUUUUUUCGGGUGGAACAAUUUUAGUUUAAGCCUUUGCCUUUUGCCAUCCGUUUUGUAUGCUUCCUCGGGAAAAGUGGUAGUUUUCCAAUCAGCAAAUGCAUUCAGUUUGAGCAGCCAGCUGGCGCAAAGUGGGCGGACGGGUUGAAGCACGGGGCGUGGCCAUAUGUGGGCACUAACUGCCGUCUUGAAACAAUUGGGUGCUAAUAAUCCCCGGUUAAUCUGAAUAAGUGUGUGUUGCUGUGGGCAUUGAAGCAAGGAUUCUGAAGCAAAGACACAUCACGCAUCCUUUGGCAUCCAUCGAUAUAAAAGCCCGGCGUGGAGCAUCAAAGGUUCAGACGCAGCUGUGAUUCCAACGCGAAAGGAACGUAUCCAGAUUUCCGAGUGUCCUGUAAACAGGACCAUCUUCUGCAGAAACAUGUUGCGCCUCCUGCUGCUGCCGCUCUUCCUCUUCACGUUGUCGAUGGCCUGCAUGGGGCAGACUUUUCAGUAUUCCCGGGGCUGGACAAAUGGCAAGAGAUCCUUUAACUCUGCAUCCCCACUGCUGACCAACGGGCAUUUCCAUCGGGAUCGGGGAAACGAGCUGGGACUCACGGAUCUGUACGAUAUUCAGGAUUGGAGCAGCGAACGCAAAUUAGAGCGAUGCCUGUCGCAACUUCAACGUUCAAUGAUUGGUCGAAAUUGUGCCCCUGGAUCGGAUUUCAAUGCCAUCCGUGCAGAUGCAGAUCCUGAAAGCAGCCCCCAUCCCAGACUUUCAAACAUUAAUAACGAAAAUGUUUUGUAUUCAAAUGCCAAUAUCCCGACUAGACAUCGUCAAACAAAUGAAUUGCUAGAGGAGCUGACUGCCGCUGGUGGAGCUUCUGCUGAGCCCAAUGUAUUUGGAAAACAUUAGCCAUUGUCUCAUCAGCCGAUUGAAUGUGAAAAAUAUUGUUAAACUAGCAAAAAAUGCUACAAAAAUGUAAAAAAAAAAUAGUUAUAAUCGUUAAAUAAAUCGGAGGCUUUUUAAUAA